AUGACAGAUUUGGAAUUCAGUAACUACGUAUCGCUGACAGAAGAACAAGAGAUAGCACGAGCUAAGGACAGGAACGUAAAGUUGUAUAUUGGGAGAGUAAGUUGCUUUGUUUGUUAUUAAUUUGCACUUUUUUUAACUAGAUAUAUAUUGUUUUAAAUUGUUUAAAAUAAGUUUUAAGUUGAUUAAAAUAAAGCAAUCAGUAAUUUUAAUGUUUCAUUUUUUAAAAAUUUUAAUUGAUUUUUCAGGUUGCUGUUUUGUUUGUGCCAUUUCUUUAUGGACUUGCGUUUAUUGCGAUUAUUUUCAUUUUUCUACCGUGCGAGUUACAAUUCAAACCAUUAUGGCUGGUCGUUACUUUGUGUUCCUUGGUCGUCUACUUCUACACCAAUAUUAUCUUCUCGUUUUACAUGGCGGUGGUUACUCAUCCUGGAACUCCUAAAAAGGUAUAAUUCUUAAAGAGAUUCAAAGAUUUCUACAUUGUAAAACUUUUGUCGCGUUUUUAUAAAAAAAAGUUUGAAAAUUUUCUUCAUUUCUUUUUCGUCUCUUAUCUCUCACGUAAGUGUCAAACCCAGUCAAAAGGAAAGAAAAGCGAACCUCUUUUAUGGAAAAUAUAAGAGAGUGAUAAGCUUUGCGCAGAGGCGAUAACGUGACCAAUGAGGCCUAGCCGAGGUGCGUUUAUUGCUGGUUGAAAACUUCUACCAAUUGCCCGCCACGUCGCCUGCCUCGAGCGGCGGCGUCGGCAAUUUUUGGACGGCCUUCGGGGCCAAAUAUUCGUUUUUACAGCAAGUUCGGAUUACCGAUUGUGCUUUCAAUCUCUUUUGAACAUAAUUUUAUUACUACUGUAGUUUUGGUAGUAUUAUAUGUUACUUUAUUUUAGCAACGUGGUUCUCCGUUCUGUUACUUUUGUCAGAACUUUAAACCUUUGAAUGCACAUCACUGUUCCGUAUGUGACCGAUGUAUCUACAAGAUGGACCAUCACUGUGUCUUUAUUAAUAACUGUGUUGGAGCUCUAAAUCACCGUUACUUCCUACAGUUUCUCGGAUUUACUACAGUAGCUUGCUCGUUAUUUUGUAUCUUCACGGUAGAUGCCGUCUACUACAACGUCAUUGACUUUCUACUUGGAAAAGUAAGUUUAUUUCAUCAUACGACUACUAAAGUAUAUUUUAUUAUCAUAAUAUUAUUACUAUGUUUAUCUUUCUUGAUGUAUUGGUGACUAUUAUAUUGACUUUCACUUUACAUUUAAACUCGAGUAAACAAAAGUAUUUCAGGGUAAAUAUUCUUACUGUAACAUAGAAGGGAUAGAAAAAUGGGGGUUGAAAAAUACUUUGUGUUACUUCCGAAUGACCGUGCCAACUAUUAUUACGGUCAUUUACUCCCUUGCCUUUCAACUUACUGGGUUCGUCGGAUGUAUGUUUUGGAGUAACUUCACUAUGGUAUCUUUCAACACAUACAAUAUAGACUACAUGGUAUGUUUUUGGAAUUGUUUUUCUUUCUAAAAGUUGACAGUAACAUAAAGUAUACGAUUGGUUAAAAAUGGAGGUUUAUCUGGUUUCAUUAUUGUUUUGAUAAUGAAAAAUAUUUUUAAAUGAUUUUUUAAUUGAUAGUACACAAAGAAAACACAAUAAAAACUAUAAAUAGGUAAAUUUUCAGAAAAAUGGUACCUUGAGCUUCACUCGAAUGAUGUUAUGGCCAUUUGGAGCCAAAGACUUUAGAAGAAAUUGGAGGUCUUUCCUGGGGCUUUACUCUGGCAGACAGUUCUGGUCUCAUAUUUUGUUACCAUCAACUCACAAAACGUAUAUCGAAGAACUACAGUACUCGUACGAAGUGUAG